GGGCAGUGCGUGCGGUGCCACGGAAGGAUCUUCCGAGGGUCUCGCCGGCCCUCGCGGCGCCGAGGCCGAAGCAGCCCGGGCGCGAUACGGGGCUGUGCCGCCCCGUCAGCGUUCACCUGUCCCGCUGAGUUGACAGGCUCCAAUCCCGGGCUCCCGCAGCAGCUCCCGGCUUGCCGCACCAGAGCAGCGGCAGGGCCAGGGUCCUCAGCCGGGGGCACCGCUAGCCCUCGCCCGCCUGUCCCUGGCCGGGGCGCCUCUUCCCGCGGCCGUCCCGCCCCGGGGAGGGGGCAGCGGCCGCCUCCGGCCACACCUGUGGCGCAGCGGCAGAGGAAGCGCCCGGGGUCGGCGCAGACGGGUCGGCGCCCUAAGGCACCAUGACGGUGGGUGCGCGGCUGGGCGCCAAGGUGCGGGGCAGGUUCUCCCGCCGCGGGGCCGGCGACGACCAGGUCUCCAUCCUGUCCGGCGAGGAGGAGGCGGCGGCGGGGGACAGGCGCGGCGCGGGGGCCCCGCGGCCGGCGGCGCUGCAGGAGGAGGGGGAGGGAGCUGGGUGCAGGAAGGUUCGCUUCGCCGUCCUGCCCGGCUCCUACGAGCCGCUGCGCCCGCCGCGGGCUCCCGGCAAGCGGCCCUACGGGAAGCGCCUGAAGAAGUACGGAAAGAAUGUCGGGAAGGUUCUGCAGAAGGGUUGUCACUACUUGGUGGUCGGCCUGCAAGGAUUAGCAGCAGCCUAUUCUGCUCCCUUUGGAGUGUCAGCACAUGUGGCAUCCUUCGUCCGCUAGCGCAGCUCCCUGUGCCCCACAGAAGAGGACAUGAGGCCUUUGCUGCUUUCUCAGGAUUAAAUUUGAGGCCUGGAUCUGAAAAACCUCUUGGACCAACAGCCCUGAGCCCCUGCACCAGGCCCUUUCCAAGAUUGAGAGCUUUUCUCUGAAAAAAAUUCCGGUGCUCUGUAAAAUCAGAUUGGGUCAAAGAAAUGUAAGGAUGAGAAAAUAAUCUUUGAAUAAUUGAACUGAAGUUUGUUUUCAGGCAUGAGUUGGUUUUCCAGAGCUUCCUGCCGUGUGGAAGGGAGCCAAGGAUGGAUGGAAAAGCAAGUAGAUGAGGGAGAGAGAAAUGAAGGAAAACAGAGGAUGGCAGAGCAGCUGGAGAGAUGGAGAUGAGUUUGGGUAGUGAGAGGAAUUGUCAAAGCAGUGGAAGAAACAGAUAAUAGAGGAUUAGGAAAAGACAGUCUUGGUUUUCUGAGAUUCUGAGUUCGUUGUGUUUUUUUAUCUGAGAGGGUUAAGAUUAUGAGUGUACUUAAAAAUAUACUUGGACAUAAAUGGAAUGUGGCCUGAGACACGGAGAGCUUUGCUGCUUCAUGGUUGUUCAUGUCAAACCCUGGACAUAAUGAGCCUUUAAAUAAUCAUGAGAAAGAUGUAAAAAUACAGAAAGAAAAUGAGGGGUGUGUUUGUGAUUUUGCAGCAUUAAAGGCUCACUGUGAGAUUAACAUUUUAAACUCUUCCUCUGCUACUAUGAAAUCUGCAUAUAUUUUUUACUGGGAAUGGAAUUUAUAUGUGAUGUACUUGAUUCUGGAAGCUGGGGCAUUUUACACCUAAUUCUGUGGUGUUCACCAGGGAAAAAACAAUUGAUUGCCAGCUGCAUCUGAGAAAAAAAAAAUACAGGCUUUGGUAUAAGAAUGUACAGAUGUGAUGUAUGAGAAUGGGGCCAAAUAACCUGCCAGCUCUAUCAUAAUUUCUGAACCUGGAAGCUGUAAGCAGACGAUGUCAAUAUCAGAUGGCUCAGCUCAAUGCUGCAGAUGCAGCAGCUUCCAUGUCACACCUCCAGGGACAUAAAUCGUAUGUUGAUGACACAGGAACAAGGUGGUUUAUGGGCCUUAAAAUUUUUGUGGGUUUUGUUUGUUUCUAUCAGUCUUUUGUGGUAGUCGUAAAUGACUUCCCUGCUAGUACUUUCUCUGUAUUAUAUAUCUUUCUAGUUUUGAUGGUGUUUUUGUAAUCAAGGAGUUGACUUAACUGGAAAAAAAAUGCUGUUCACUUGCUUUCUUUGCCUUUUCAGAACAAAGGAGUUUGUAUGUCUUGGCAAACCACACUGUAUUUCUUUUAAAUGUAGCAAAUUAAUCAGAUGGGAGGGGUGGGGCAGGGUGUUAUGGUCUUUUCUAACUGGACUGUAAAUAAAAGCCACAAGAUCCAUGUCUGUUUUUACCUACACACGUAAGUAAGCGCACAAAAGAGGAGUUUCUCAGCAGCAACCCAGCCGAGGGGAAGCUGCAGUGUAAACUUCCCCCGUUGUUUUGCCUGUGCCCUCAGGGCCCUGGUAGGACAUGAUUGUCACCCAGACUGUGUGGAAAUGCUCAGGAACAGCAAGGUGUGGAGAUGAGGCUGCAGAGGAUCUAAGUCUGCAAAAGCUGGGGUAGGAAUAGCCACAAAGGGAUUUUGCUCAUUGAUUUCAUACAUUCAGUUGUUUCUCUUGCACUUUUUUUGUGGGGACAGACUGUAGUCUGAACAGAGAAAGCUGUCCCAGAAUUUUCCUUGGAAACUGUGAGAUGCUGUGGGAAACUUAGAAAAAAUAAUUAAAACAAUUAUUAUCUCUCUUUCUGUAACCAUUGUUUAUAGAUAUGGUUCUCCAGAGUGUGCUAUUCAUAGUUCACCAAUAGUGUGAGAAGCUUUUACUUAGAGACCAAUCAAGUCUCACCUUAGUGAGUCACAUUAUAAAACGACCUGCUACUUUCAUUAAACUGGUCUUCGGCCUUCUGAUUCAC